AUGGCGGCCAGUUGGGAGGCGCAACGAAAAGAGGAGCGGAAGCAACGGGAAAUGCUCAUGGAACAUUGGCUGAGGCAUUUCUGUGAAGUGGAGUCUGAACGGCGGCAACUGCUGCUGUGGUUGCGGGAGGAAGGACUCACGAGGCCCACCGACUUGGAGUCGCGGAUGAAGCAUGGACAGCGGUUGAAGCAACUGGGCAACGAGUGGUAUGGUAGAGAUGACUAUCGCCGUGCUCUUCAUUGCAACCUGGGCGCGAUCCAUUCGAUCGAUUUUACCCCACAGCAGCAGCUCAGCAUGGACGAGCCACAGCGGCUUGCUCUCGCUCAGCUGUUGCUGCCAAUCUUGAGCAAUUUGACCCAAGUUUUUCUGAAGCGUGGCGACUUCAGCAAUGCGGUGAAAGCUGCCUCCUUGGGGAUGCGCCACGUGAACAAGCUCCCAGAGGAGGAGAAGACCACCUUCAAGGCCAAGCUGCGCUUUCGCCGCGCGCUGGCGCGUGGCGAGGCGGGCCCUGAGAGGGACCUGGAGAGCGCGCUGGAGGAGCCUCGGACCCGACGAACGCGGCUUUUGGAAGGAUGA